AUGCCGCCGAGCUCGUCCCCACUUCUGGGCGGCAGUGCUGCAGAGGCGGCAGCGAGCUCCCGGACUCCGGGCAGGGAAAUGGGGCAGGCAGUGACGCGCCGCCUGGGAGCUGGAGCCCGCGCAGCGCCCCUCAGGGCGAUGGACGGCCGAACCCCGCGUCCGCAGGACGCCCCAGUCGGGCGAAAACCAAAAGCCAAGGCACCGCUUCCUCCAGCUGAGACCAAAUACGCUGAUGUCUCUUCAGCUGCUGAUUCUGUAGAAUCCACUGCUUUCAUCAUGGAACAGAAAGAAAACAUGAUAGAUAAAGACAUUGAACUCUCAGUGGUCCUGCCUGGGGAUAUUAUCAAAUCUACUACUGUUCAUGGCAGUAAACCUAUGAUGGACUUGUUGAUAUUCCUUUGUGCACAGUAUCACUUAAAUCCAUCAAGUUACACAAUUGAUCUGUUGUCAGCUGAACAGAACCACAUUAAAUUUAAGCCAAACACACCAAUAGGAAUGUUGGAGGUAGAGAAGGUAAUUUUAAAGCCAAAAAUGUUGGAUAAGAAAAAACCUACACCUAUAAUACCAGAGAAAACCGUGAGAGUAGUGAUUAAUUUUAAGAAAACACAGAAGACCAUAGUGAGAGUGAGUCCACACGCAUCACUUCAAGAGCUUGCCCCUAUUAUAUGUAGCAAAUGUGAGUUUGAUCCGUUGCAUACAGUAUUGUUGAAAGAUUAUCAAUCGCAGGAGCCCCUCGACUUGACAAAAUCUCUUAAUGACCUGGGACUAAGAGAAUUAUAUGCAAUGGAUGUCAACAGAGAGUCCUGCCAAAUAUCACAAAACCUAGAUAUUAUGAAGGAGAAAGAAAAUAAAGGGUUUUUCAGUUUUUUUCAACGCAGUAAGAAAAAGCGGGACCAAACUGCCAGUGCCCCUGCAACCCCUCUAGUAAAUAAGCACCGCCCAACUUUUACGAGGUCCAAUACCAUUUCCAAACCAUAUAUUUCCAACACCCUGCCAUCGGAUGCACCCAAGAAGAGGCGGGCUCCACUGCCUCCGAUGCCAGUGUCUCAGAGUGUGCCCCAAGACCUCGCACACAUCCAAGAGAGGCCUGCUUCUUGUAUAAUGAAAUCCAUGAGCGUGGAUGAGAGAGAUAAGAGUCCCGGUGAAGCAGGAAGAGUGAGGGCAGACUCACUGCAGCUCACCAGCACAUCUACAGGAAAUUCAUCUUUGAGAAGGACAAAGCGAAAAGCACCUUCCCCACCCUCCAAAAUACCCCUGCAUCAAAGUGAUGAAAAUAGUCACGUGACUGCCUUACAGCCAGUAGAUGGAGUUCCUCCAGACAGUGCUUCAGAAGCAACCUCUCCUGAGGAGCUAUCCAGCCCAGCUGGAAUAAGCUCUGAUUAUAGCCUUGAAGAGAUAGAUGAAAAGGAAGAACUGAGUGAAGUGCCUAAAGAUGAAGCUGAAAAUAUUUCUCCGAAGUCACAAGAUAUUCCUUUUGUAUCUACUGAUAUAAUAAAUACAAUGAAAAAUGAUCCCGACUCAGCCCUUGGCAAUGAUAGUGGAGAGUUCUCACAAAACUCCAUGGAAGAAAAACAAGAAACUAGAAGCACAGAUGGACAAGAACCACACAGUGUAGUAUAUGAUACAAGCAAUGAAAAGAAGGUAGUUGACAGUAUAAGAAACUUGAAGUCGUUGGGCCCAAACCAAGAGAAUGUACAAAAUGAAAUAAUUGUCUUUCCAAAGAACACAGAAGACAAUAUGAAAAAUGGAGUGAAGAAAACAGAAAUUGAUGUAGGAGGGGUUGCCAAAAAUAAUGACAUUGAUAUGGAAGUUGAGAGACCAUCAAACUCUCAGGCACAUGAAACUGAUACUGCUAUAAGUUACAAGGAAAACCAUCUAGCAGCUUCAUCAGUACCAGAUCAAAAACUGAAUCAACCUAGUGCAGAAAAGACAAAAAUGCAAGAUGCAGCAAUUCAGACAACCCCUUCUUGUAACAGUUUUGAUGGAAAACACCAAGAUCAUAAUUUGUCUGACUCCAAAGUUGAAGAAAGUGUGCAAACUUCAAAUAACAACAUAUCAACUCAACACUCAUCCUUAAGUUCACAAGAUUCUGUAGAUACCUCAGGGGAAUUCAGGAGUCAAGGCACCCUAAUUAUACAUUCAGAAGAUCCGCUUACCCUAAAAGAUCCAAUUUGUGCACAUGGUAAUGAUGAUCUUUUGCCUCCUAUAGAUAGGAUUGAUAAAAAUUCAACUGCUUCUUACCUAAAGAAUUAUCCACUUUAUAGACAGGACUACAAUCCCAAGCCAAAACCUUCAAAUGAAAUUACACGAGAGUAUAUACCCAAAAUUGGAAUGACUACUUAUAAAAUAGUGCCUCCCAAAUCCUUGGAAAUACUGAAAGACUGGCAGUCAGAAACCACAGGGUAUAAAGAUGAUCAGGACAUACAUGCUUUAGGAAAAAAGCACACUCAUGAGAAUGUGAAAGAAACUGCCAUCCAAACAGAAGAUUCGGCUAUUUCUGAAAGCCCAAAAGGGCCACUGCCAGACCUUAAACUGAAGCCGAACCUGAGAACAGAGCAUCAAGUGCACAGUUCUGUGAGCCCACCUGAUGGAGCCAUGGUUAGUCCUCUGAAACCUGCUCCCAAAAUGACAAGAGACACUGGCACAGUUCCUUUUGCACCAAAUUUGGAAGACAUAAACAAUAUUUUGGAAUCAAAAUUUAAACCUCGGGCUUCUAAUCCCCAGGCCAAACCCAGUUCUUUUUUUUUACAGAUGCAGAAGAGAGCAUCGGGUCACUAUGUGACAUCUGCAGCUGCCAAGAGUGUCCAUGCUGCCCCUAAUCCUGCUCCAAAAGAACUGACAAAUAAAGAGGCAGAAAGGGAUAUGCUGCCUUCUCCGGAGCAGACUCUUUCUCCCUUAAAUAAAACACCUCACUCUGUUCCACAACCCCUUGUUGAAAAAACUGAUGAUGAUGUCAUCGGUCAGAAGCCUGCUGAAGCCUCUCCUCCUCCCAUAGCUCCGAAACCUGCGACAAUUCCUACUCGUCAGGUAUCCACACAAAAUCUGAAGACUCUGAAAACUUUUGGUGCCCCACGACCAUACUCCAGUUCUGGUCCUUCACCGUUUGCUCUCGCUGUAGUGAAAAGGUCACAAUCUUUCAGUAAAGAGCGCACCAAGUCAUCCAGUGCUGGUGCAUCGGUCCAACCUCCAGCCAACACAGAUGAAGGGAAGACACAUUCUGUAAAUACAUUUGUGGACAUCCCACAACUUGGUGUGUCUGAUAAGGAAAAUAACUCUGCACAUAAUGAACAGAAUUCCCAAAUACCAACUCCAACUGAUUGCCCAUCAUUUACUCUUAUGAGACAAAGUUCUUUAACAUUCCAAAGCUCUGACCCAGAACAGAUGCGACAGAGUUUGCUGACUGCAAUCCGUUCAGGAGAGGCUGCUGCCAAAUUGAAAAGGGUUACCAUUCCAUCAAAUACAAUAUCUGUGAAUGGAAGGUCAAGACUCAGCCAUUCCAUGUCCCCUGAUGCCCAGGAUGACCGUUAAAUGUUACCCUGCCACACCACUGCACUUCACUUCCACUUCAGACCAACUUCAUACUAAUGGAACAUUUUGGCAAAUGUAUAUUCAGAUGUACACUAAUAUAUUAUCUGUUAAAAUAUUAGAAUUUGUGCUGUGGCUUUUAAUGCCAGAAGAAAAGUUACCAGAAUUUAUAAUUUAUAAUAAUUUUUUAAUCUUUUUUUUUUUUUUUUUUUUGCCUUAAGAGUUCAAUAUGCUGCUUUAGAACUUUAAAACAAGGUGUAAAUGAUUUUCAUUUUUUACAAAUGAAAAAUAAUCACUUUGUAUUGAUUUCACUUACCAGCACAUUCUCUACAAUGGUGACUUAGACAAAAGUAUAAGAUUCAUAGACUUAUAUUUGUAUGAUAUACAACUAGGACAAACAUAGAUAUGACAUUUGCUGCCUCAAUGUUGCAAUUGGAAAUAUUUAUAAGUUAUAUGAAAGCCUGUUUUGUGCUGAAAGAAUAAUUUAGAAAACUAGUGAUAUCAAAUAAGUAUAUUCAGUUCAAUAAUUGUUUUCAAUGAUGAAUCACUUAGUGUGAAAGACUUGCCUUGUGUAUUCCUUAUGUAAUUACAAAUCACUGUCAAUUUUAUGGCAAGCUCAUAGUAUUUUAAUAUUUUAUUAACAUGGAACUCUUGUUUUUUUAAUCUUUAGAACUUAAAUUCCACAAGAAUUUAAAAUAUUUUCUGUAUAUAAUUAUGACAUUGUCACACAGAAAUUACACGUUUUAUGUGCCAGAGGCCUUAAAAAUCUUUCUGUGAAAAUGCUCAUAUAUUGUGACAGUUAUUUCACAUUUGAUAUGUAGAGAGGAAUAGGGGUUAGUUUAUGUUUAUAUUGAAAAACUUUAAAGACUAUUUGGAAGUUCCAGAAAUUCUGGUUUUAAUUCAAGUAAAAUGAUAAAAUAGUCAUUAUAUAGUUCAGAUGCUAAUAUCCUAAGUAAUAAUAUAUAUUUACAUUGAAGCUAAAACUGUUAAGCAAAACAAUGCCAAUGUGUCGGCUUACAGCUCUUCUGGAGUCUAGAGCCUGUUGGUGUUCUGUCCCUACUUUAAGAAUUUAAUUGCUCACUUAUUCUAAAAGCUUUGUUCAAACAAGAUGAUAUUAAAUUUGUUUUCAC